AUGUCAAAUGAAAGCGCCGACGAUAUUAAUGUCGGUGUCGCCCUCAGCACUGCUCUUCUCCUUCCAAAGGAUCUGGAGCGAAAUGCUGGGUUCAGCGAAUAUGAGAACUACGCUCUAAUGCUCCAGCACUCCGUUCAAAGGGAGGUGUCUGCCUUGAAGAAGGAGAACAAAUCUCUCGAAUCAAAAAUGAAAAAAUUGGAGGAUCAGGCCGAGGCUGCUACUAAGGCCCAGCAGAUGGCCGAGGAGAAAGCGGAGUCUGCUGAGGCUAUCCGAAAAGUUGCUGAGGCCGAAAAGAAAGAGGCCGAGGUAAAAAAGGCCCAGGCUGAGAAGGAGCUGCAGAAGGCUCUGGCCACCAAAGAGGCUGAAGUCAAAGAAGCUGAUGAGAAGGCCUACGCCCAGGGCAUGGAUGACGUCACUGAGGAAUACAAGCUUCAAGUCAGGCAAGCAUGCAACAGGGGCUUUUCCCUUGGUUGGAUGGCCCUCGUCAAAAAGCUCAAUAUCCCAGAUGACUCGCCACUGCGCCAGGCCGACGCUAUUCCUCUUCCAUUUCCUCCACCUCCACCUCCAAGCCAAGCUGAAGACGAAUCAGAGUCUGAGGCUGAUACCGAGGAUGAGGAUAACAAUGACGGUGAUGCUCUAAUAAGGAAGCCCAAGGAUGCCGAUGAGACCAAAUCCCCUCCUCCAACUGAGCAAGUCAUGGACUUAACUCUGGAUGAAGAGGGUGGUGAGGUUGAGGAGGUGUCCAAGGAGGCGGGUCCAGGGCAGCUAUCAUCCGACCUUCUUCUGGCUGAAAGAAGUCUUGAUAAAACAUUAGCGGAGAUUGACGCCGAGCUGGCGGCAGAGAAGGUUGUCGAAGUGGUUUCGCAAGAAACUUCCGAGGUCCAAACCCAAACUGUUCCUGAAGCUGAAGAAUCAUGA